UACACCAGCUGUCAAUUUGACACUGACAUUAUUUUUCUAAACAACCGACGCUGUUUGCGUACGGUAUACGUUGUUUUCAUCUUGUGCUAUUUUUAUGAAGCGUGUUUGGUGUAGUCUACGAACCCAGAUAAAAACUAUGGCUAACAUUCCUCCAAGGAAAAUUUCGCCAUCCAGCAAGCCUUCUAAACAGGAUGCCUCGCCCCUGCAAAUACUUCUACAGAUGGGUUUUCCGAGACACCGGGCAUUGAAGGCUUUGGCUGCUACGGGGAACCGCAGCGUGCAGCUGGCGUCGGAUUGGCUGCUGACGCACGUAAACGACACCUACAUCGACGCGGAUGAGCCGCGCGAGUACAUUCUGUACGCAAACCCGACGGGCGCGCUGCUUACGCAACUGCACGACUUCUGGGCCAAGUCUAAAAAGCUGGGAGGGUGGAAUGGAGCUCAUAAUUUCCCUCCUCACAUUACACUGGUUUCAUUUUUUAAGGCACCUGAUGAGACAUCCCUGCAAUUGGCUAAAGCAGUAAAAAGCGUUAUAGAGACAGUGGGCGAUCCCCCAGCCUGCCCUCUUAAGCUGGACCCCUACAUCUCCCAGAACUUCAUGGGGCUCUUUGUGUCUGAAGAACAUGCUGAGUAUUUGAAAAAGAUAGCAGUCCAGUAUGUUAAGCAAGUUUCAAGCUUAUUGGGUGUAUCCAUGGAUACAUAUGAACAUUUGGAUGCAUUGGGGACAUGUUUCCCCUGGUGCACAAUGCCCCAAGAAAAACCAAUUAAAUCCAUUAACUUGGAGGCGCACGUGAAGUCCCUACACAUCACGCUGGCGUACCACUUCGAGGUGGCGGCGUUCGACGGGUUGAAGGCGCUGGUGGAUGAGCUGCAGCCCUUGGAGACGUCUAGCUGGGAGCUGCGACUCUACUCCAGGGAUCCUAAGUUUGCUAAUCAUCAGGUGCACAAAGUGACGCAGGGAUACUCGCCGUUAGCGAGUGACGAGCUGGAACUGGUGCUCGGAGACUACAUCUACAUCGAGGAGAAGGCUUUCGACAGCUCGCCGGACGGCUGGGUGCCUGGCACCUCGUGGCUGACGGGCGUGAGCGGCUACUUGCCGGCUGUGUUCACGCGGCGCACGGCGGAGUCGGACGCGUGGACGCUACACCGCGCGAUAUCGCUUGGGAACAACAGUGGCUCGGAUUGCAAGUCCGAAUCAGACUCGAACACGGACGGGGAGAUGGCUGGAUACCCCCACGAGGACGCGACGCAACUAGGACACGAGAAAUCAGAGGAGGUUUACAAGGAGUGGCAGAAGUACUGGGACGUGGUCAUGACUGAACAGAAGAGCGAUAGUAUUAUAAACAUUACGCAGGGCACUAGUAUCGACUGGAAAUCAAAUACACAUGGAACUGGUGAUGGAGAAGCAAAAGCAAAGCCAGACCGGCGCUGGUUCUUCGCGAUGCGUCACGGCGAGCGCGUGGACCUGACAUACGGCUCAUGGGUGCCGUUUUGCUUCGACGAGGCCGGCAACUACGUGCGCAAAGACCUCAACAUGCCGCUCACACUAGGCGAACGAGUCGGCGGCUGCGAUUCGUACUCCAAAGACACCCCUCUGACCCGAGUAGGGCGCCUGCAGGCGACGCUGGUGGGCGAGGGGCUCCGCCUGGCGCGGCAGCCCAUCUCGCACGUGUACGCCUCGGCCGCGCUGCGCUGCGUGGAGACGGCGCACUGCAUGCUGGAGGGUUACCAAAACCCGUCGCUCAAGGUGAAGGUGGAGCCUGGUCUGUUCGAGUUCAAGAACUGGCACCUGACCAAAGGCAUGGCUCCUUUCAUGACGCCGCAGGAGCUCCACAAAGCCGGACUCAACGUCGACUUGAAAUACAAGCCGUACAUAGACUUGGAUAUUACCACAUCAGAGACUUUAGAAGAGUUUUAUAAAAGGAAUGAGCUAGUAAUGCAUUCGGCGGUCAAGGAUACUGAGGAAGAAGGCGGCAACGUCAUCUUCAUCGGGCACGCGGCCACGUUGGACAUGAUGGUGCUCGCGCUGAAGCGGCUGACCCCCGGCGCGCCGCACGCGCCCUACUCGCUGCACCCGCACCUGCUGCGCGUGCCGUACUGCGCGCUCGGCGCCGUGCGCGACCGGCCCUGGCAGGUGGUCGGCCCGCCCUGCCCGCCCUCCAUCAACUCCAGCUCGGGCAGGUUCGACUGGAAGAUACUGUUAGAUUUGUAAAUUGCGAUAUUGUUGAACUAAGUGAUACGUUUGUGUUAGCUGUAUCUGAGCAUGUCGGUCGAACUGAGAACCAUUAGAUAGUUAACGCAGUUUACAUGGCGUCAUUUUCAUACACCGUUUAACGGAGCUAUACGGCGAUACAUUCUAUAAAUGUUACUGUCUUCCCAUACGAUGCGACGCUGUAUGCAGCGUAAAACGUCAACGGAAACAAAGUCUAUAGGCGUAACGCUGGCGUGAUCGCGUAGCGUUUUUUAAAGUGUAUACUUGAAUAAUGUUGUGGUUUUUAUUUUAUAAGAAUUAUGCCAAUUUAUUUGAUUGUAAUGUUUUGAGGUAAUAUUUACGGUCAAAGCUAGAUGUUUUCAAAUAAUUUUAAUCAUACAUCAAUUUAAUUUGUUACGAAUAAUGUUUUGAUACGCAGUCUGCCUGUCGUUUCAACAUCAAAUUGUUGAGAUUGACUUAAAGAUCAUAAAAUUGUAUCAAUCCUUGAUAUUUCUUAUAAUUAAGUCUAUAAAGCUUGAAUAUAAAAUAAUUAUAUUCAUCGAAAUAAAAAGCUAGCAUUCACGAAGGCAUGACACCUGUUAAUUUACAGUUUAUCAUAUUUUUGAUAUUUUGUAAAACAUGUUCAUCUUACUGUGAUAAUUACCCGGAAAUAUUUUCCACAUUCCUAGUGCUUCAGUGAACGAUAGGAUUCCAUUGUUGCUUAAUUAUUUAUAGAUAUGUAAAUUAUAGCUUAGAAUUUAAAUAAUCUAAUUUUUCUGUUUCAAGUAAUUUCUCUACUAUAUUGUUUUGUACAGCUGAGCAUUAAACUUCAUUAUCAAUCCAGAUGUUAUGCAUGCGAUCGAUCAUUAUUAUAAAAGGAUUAUCACUGAAGAAAUUCAUGCAGUGGCAGAUAGCCACAUAGUAUUUUAUUUCUAGUCAGUGUUGAUAGGCAUUAACAUAUUUAACAUAGAUCAUAGAACCAUCACAGUCAAUAACAUUUUGUUUGUACUUUUAGAAACUCUUUUGGCUUUGGUGUGUGCAAAGCAAACGUCACUGCCCCUUUUAUAUUAGAUUAAUUUUGUACUGCCAUCGUCCACACAGUUCACUGACAUUUCGUGACUUAUGGCAAAGACAUAAGAUCCACCAAUGGUAAAUUAAGAGUACUAUUAUUAAGUUCUUACUAUUGGCUAAGGAGCACUGUAAACUAUUUGUAUUUGAUGUCAGAAAUAAAUAAGAAAGAAUAAGGUUACUUCUUUUCAAAACUUAAAAUGGGGCCGAUUAUGGAGUUCCGGGGGUCUAAAUUUGACAGCCGAAAAACGGUCUUGAGGUUUUAAACUUCGAAACGAGUUUCGUUUGUCAUUUCGGACGCGAUCGCGUCCGUAGGAUCUAAGGCUACGUACGCACUAAGCGGCUAGCCGCGUGCGGACAGCCGCAUGACGGUUAAGAAUGUAUGAAACCGCAACCAUAAAUACUGAACGCACUAAGCGGUCCGCCGCAACCGCACGCGGCUGGCCGCAUAGUGCGUAUGGGGCCUAAGGGGUUAAAUGACUCCGGUUGUUGUUUGUAAACAACUGUGAUUUCCUUUUGUUUUCGAACCGGUAAGAUUAUUGGGGACUAACUUGUAGGUUUAAAUUGCACCGUAUGGGGCCAAUUACAUCUACACUAAAUCAGGCCUGGGGUAUUUUUCCGUUUCACCAAAUAUCGUCUUUUACAAUAUUUGACAUAUAAAAAUACUUUAUCUCUAAUUGCAAAAAUUUAAAAGAACCUUUUUUUUUAUACUACGUCGGUGGCAAACAAGCAUACGGCCCGCCUGAUGGUAAGCAGUCUCCGUAGCUUAUGUACGCUGCAACUCCAGAGAAGUUACAUGCGCGUUACCGACCCUAGUCCCCCCCCCCCCUUCGUUGAGCUCUGGCAACCUUAAAUCACCGGCAGGAACACAACUAGGGAUUGCAAACCGGAUUGAUUUUCAAUCCGGCCGGAUCCGGCUGGAUUUUGGCCAUAAUCCGGCCGGAUCCGGCCGGACCGGAUCCGGUUUGGUAUAGGGAUAUCAAAAUUAAUUAAAUGACAUAUUUUUCUAGUUUUUUGCGUAAUACGUAUUCCUAAAUCUAUAAUUUGAAGUUAAUAAAUAACUUCUUAACAAUAAAAUAACCCUUAGUAGUAAAAAGUGUGACCUUGUCAAUAUCACUUAAAAACCCAAAUAUGAAAUCGGUCAUUUAUUAUAUAUAACCAUUCAAAAGUGCUCAAAUUUUCGUUUACAAUUAUAAAUUUGAUUAGUUUCCAAAGCCCGGUAAUGGGAUGUGGGGUGGGAAUUGGAACUCUUUGAAAUGACAAGUUUUCGUAACUGUUCCUUGAUUGAAUUCUUUGUAACGUUGACAUCCAUUCUAGUAAGAAAAUAAGAUAUUUUACUAUUAACCAAAAUGAUAUAAAAUUUUCCCUCAUUUUUUGCCCAAGAAAGUAAAGUCUGUAUGAUUUAAAAAAAUUACCUUUUUUUUAUUUACAGAAAAGUACCUAUAUUGGUCAAAUUUUAGGGAAUGGAACACGACUUACACGACACGACGAUCUCAUGUGAAAAAUAAUAGAGUGUAGAAUUGAAAUCCAUCGCGGAAAGGGACUCCUUAAGAAAAGUUACAUGGAUCAUAUAAAGAAUUGGCUAGACGUAGAGUAGCAUGUACCAUUAAGGAAAUUGCAUAAGAUUGGAUGAAAUUGUAAAUACAAAAGAUUCUCUCUCAAAUUUGAAUAGAAAAUAAACAAUAUUUUAUCCAAUCUUAUGCAAUUUCCUUAAUGGUACAUGCUACUAAUAAUACUAAAUAAAUUAACAAUAUAAGUUUACUUCGAGUUUAUAUAUAUAUAAACUCGAAGUAAACUAAAGAUUAUCAAUGUUAUCAUUUCAUUUCAUACAUUCAUUUUCAAUACAAACUUACAAUCUUAUAUUCAUUCUCACAUGUGACACAUAUUGAUUAGCCCAGCUCUAGUCGGUUGAGUACUGCCGACUUAAUCCUGCUCAUUUGUUUACUUUUAAUCUCCUAUCACAACAUUAUGACACUCUUUUCUUCUCUUUAGCAUAAAUUACAAAUGCCUUCCAUGGCAUCUCCAUCGUUUAAUAAAAUUUUUCCUUCUAUUACAGUAUUUAUGUAAUCGUCGUAUCGUGCCACCAACAUGAAAGGCAAAUCUGUUCCCAGUCAUCGUCAUAAUAAAUAUAUUUUUAUUUAACUAAAUUUAAACGUUUUCAUUCGUUUUAUGCUCUGUUCAAGUUCAUACCUCUCAUCCGUCGCCUUUUCCUCAUCUAAACCGCACAGUGCGUGCUGUAUUUAGGCGUUUUUUUUAUUUGACCGGAUCCGGUGAUUUUUACCGGAUCCGGUAGCUCCUGAAAAGUGCCGGAUCUGGCCGGAUUACCGGAUCCGCCGGACCGGAUUGCAAUCCCUAAACACAACACUAUGAAUAGGGUCUAGUGUUAUUUGGCUGCGGUUUUCUGUAAGGUGGAGGUAUUUCCCCAGUUGGGCUCUGCUCUAGAUCUGGAAUGACAUCUGCUGCGCUGCGCCCUACCACACAAUGCGAGAUGACAUAGACAAUCCCCGUACCUCUCUUAUGGACGUAGUUUAAGGACGUACCCGGGUCCAGACGGGUCUCUUCACACAAGUAAAAAUUCUAAACCUCGACAUGGGCAGAAUUCACCUUGCUAAAAUUGGCGAGGAGUAAAAACCAUUUAGGAAUUUAAAAAAAAAUGCCAAAAAUUUUGAUGUGAUUUUUUUGCAUGUAAAUCAUUUUUUUACAUUUCUAAUAUUGUUAACGAUAUUCCUUGAGACGAAAAACGAUUGUCAGGCCCGACAUCGGGACUGACUUCGGGCCCAUUAUCGGGAAGUGUAGAUGUAAUUGGCUCUUAUCUGUGCAAUUGUGGCUUCCUGUGGUAGCUCCCACGGUUUGCCCAUAAGACUUCAAUCAUGGUACCUGUGCAUUAUGUACUUCUUAUGCCUUAUUAGACUGAUUAGAUUGUUAUUAAUCAUGAUUAUCAAUGUAAGAAUUCAAUACACUUAACCUUAAAUGUAAGAUAAAAUAAAUGUCUCAUACUUAAA